UGCCCCCCACCUCUGAACUUCUGCUCGAACUACAGGGCUUGCAGCGUCGCUUCAGUGAGGAGACAUCAACUCUACAGAAGAAAGGAGAACACCGAACGUGAAUGAUGCAAAAUGGAAAACCAAACUGGUAGAUCACAGGCAGAGUAUGACCAGCAGAGAGCAAUUGAAGCAGGGCAGCACAUAUUGGCAUUACUCAACAGAGCGAUUCCUCAAGCUCCUAGAGAGGGUCAGAACUUGAGAUUGGAGAGACCACCAAGUGUUGAGUCAGAGAUGGCCAGGCGUUUGAGCCAUCGGCCCGGUAACAUGUAUAGCAGAGUGAGGAGGGUGAGCCCAGUAAUCUGUAUAAGACGGAGUUUGUCAUGCAGAGGGUUGCAGCAGGUUCUGAUCCAGCUUCCACAGGUGCCCCGGGGUCAGACUGAAAGAAGUGAGGCUGCCAUACAACCGGUGCCAGCGGGCCCUCUGAUCACAUCAGGUGUUUCUGAGAUUACAGCAAUGUGUGUCGGACUGAUCGGGCUGAUUGGUGCGACUGCAACGACUGGCUUGCCUAUGUGGAAGGUCACGGUUUCCAUCGGAGAAAACAAAACUGAGAUGGAGACGCGCUGGGAGGGCGUGUGGAUGAACUGCUUCAGAGAGGCAAACAUCAGGAUGCAAUACAACAAGCCAACUAUGAUGAGUUAUUACCCCGUCUCAGCCCUCAAGUCAACUAGGAUUUCUCACAACAGCAAACCUUUAGAUGUACCACUCUCUAAACCACUACAAAAUGUUGCUCAAGAAAUGAUGAACAGUGAAGCCCAGGGAAACGAGUCUGCAUGCUCCAACCAGGCUGGAAGCCUUCAGAUUGCAGGGAACUCAAUAUCAAGACAAACAUGGCUAGAGGGAGACCAUCUUGCAGCCUGCAUGCGACUUUCAAUAAAUGAACCAGAUGUCUCCAGGUUUCCAUACACAGAGGCUCUGGAAAGCCCAAGGAGAUGCACUACAGCAAAGAAAAGCUGCACACGUAGAUGAUGUGUGAAGUGUUUUUUUGUAAUAACUGUUGAAUUAUGCUGCUUUUAUUUAGAUUUUGUGUGUUUAAACUGAUUAAAGCAAUCAGUUGUUA